AUGGAUCAAAACACACUACCAUCGGCUGUCAUUGAAGCUGCUCAGGCAUGGGAGGCGUCCAAGGCAGAGUUAGAACGACAGCGAUUGAUAGCUGCAGCAACGAAACUGAUCGAAGUCCUCGAGAACCCUGCCGAGAAGCUGGCCCGUAUCGGGUGGGGGGAGCCCUCCAGAACCGCUGCACUCCAGACUGCUUUCGAGCUCGGUGUUUUUGAUAAACUUACCGACGAACCACAAGACAGCAAAGCACUGGCUGAGAAUACUCCAGCUGACCCACUACUUGUCGAAGGUCGAACUAUGAAGCACUUAGCUGCUUACUCCAUCGUUGGUCAGACUGGAAUCGACUCUUACGUGGCGACACCCUUUACCUAUGCAAUGUCGGAUCCUACAGUUCGAGGUGGAUUAAUCUACAGCUUCGAAGGAAUGAUCCCUACCUUCCAUAAUCUUCCUUCUUUUCUCGCAAAGACCAGCUAUCAGGUGCCUAACAACAGCGCAAAUGGGCCAGUGCAGCACGCACUCCAGACAAAAAAACCCUUCUUUGCCAUUCUACAAGAUGAUAGUCGACUCGGAUCUGCCUUCAAUGAUUUCAUGACGGGCUACGGUAAAGCGCGACCAAGCUGGGUAGACUACUAUCCUGUGCACGAACGUCUACUUAACCGACCGAACGACACUGGUCCACUCCUGGUGGAUGUAGGAGGUGGUCUUGGUCGGGACAUCUCCCAUUUUCACAGCGUGUUCCCGGAGGCCAGAGGCACCUUGAUCCUGCAAGACACGCCUUCUGUCAUUGCUCAGACCCAAAGGUCGACCCCUCCUCUUCCAUCGGCGAUCAAGGCGAUGGCACACGACUUCUUUACGCCCCAGCCUGAGUCCGCUCGACAAGCGCAAGCCUAUUACUUACAUCUUGUUCUACAUGACUGGGACGACGACUCGUGCCGCAAGAUCUUGGGGCAUAUCCGAGAUGGAAUGGAGCCAGGCUAUUCAAAACUCCUGAUCAACGAGAAUGUGAUGGAAGACCUUGCGGCGCCAUGGCAGCAGACUAGUCUUGAUUGGACGAUGAUGGCGAUGCUUGUCAAUCGAGAGAGGACGAGGGGCCAGUGGGCGGCAUUGCUAGAGAGUAUUGGAAUGAAGAUUGAGGGUAUCUGGAGGAAGGACAUCAGCAGUGAGAGUGUUAUUGAGGCUGUUGUAGUAGUGGAGUAG